AUAUCUCACUCUCCCCUUCUUCCUCUAUUUUACUCUACCAUUUACCCCUGACUCUCUUUAUCUCUUUCCUUCACAUAUUUUUUUCUUCUUUUUCCUCGCCCCCCCUCCACAUUAAAGUUCAGAAUCUCACCCACUUCUACCCGAGAUUAGCAUUCAUCAUCACCUAACAUCAACUUCAAGCAACAAUCUCUACUCUAUAUUCUGUAAUACCAAAAAAUUAACAUCGUCUGAUUAUCAUGCAGUACGAAAUACUGCCCGGACUAAGCUGUUGUUUACUGGAUCUCUUCGUAAAUCGAACAAGCUAUCUUAUUGUUCGAACAUAAUCAACGAUAAUUUACAGCCAAAACCAGGAUAUAUAAGUUUAUUUUUUAUUCUUUUUGCUGUCUUCUUUAUUUAUCGAUUUUUGUACUUCCGCCGACCCUUAUUGGAUAUGUAUAUUUAGAUUAUCGAUUAACAUAAUUAAAUAUUGGAUACAUUUAUCAAAUAUACACUUUAUGUGUAAAUACUGGAUUUGUAUACAGGACGGUGUGGUUAUAAAACUUAAUGAAGUAUUAUGUACAAAGUGAGAAUAUAUAAUUAAAUGAAUACAUGUAUAUACAAAUUAAAGACAAGUAUUUGUAUAAUUAAAUAUAUAGAAUACAAAUAUAUACAUAUGUUAAUUAUCUCAUAAUUUAAUACGCAGCAUAUUAUGGCGCAUGUACAUACACAGAAUACAGAAAUACAAUGCCUUAAGUAUUUAAUUAUAUAAAUACACGCGGAUAUACCACACGUUCAAACAUAAAUACACACUUGCGCGCGUAUGUAUAAUAUGCAUUUAUAGAUAGAUGCAUAUGCGUGUAGCUAUAUAUGUAUGUGUAAACACGUCUCUAUCUAUAUAUAUGUAUGUAUAUUGUAUAUUGUAUAGAAAACAAUGUUUUAAGUAUAUAAUGGACUAACAACGGCACCCAUCGAUUUUUAUAAAGUAGUAAAUACACAAAGAAAGCCCAUAACAUGUUUUUGGGUAGCUGUGUCGGGUGCUUACCCGCAUCGGCUGCAUCUCUUAGUUACUGGACAGCUCUAUCGCCGCAUCAUUAUUUACCUCCAACUGAACUGAAUGCUAUGUCCAGCUACGGAGUUAAAAACCCUUCGUCGUUUCACAUCGCCGAAAUACUUCAUCAUCAUCAGCACCACCAACAACAACAACACUUACAACAACAGCAGCAGCAGCAGCAACAACAUCAUCAUCACCAACAUCAGCAACAGCUGCCACAGAACAAUACUACGGACGACAGUAGUUGUGACAUUGUUAAGGCCGCGAGUUGUAAUAACGGUAGUAUUAGGGCGAAGUUUCUCAACGGAAGAGCUUCCUCACCGUGUGGCCAUGGAUACCCGACGUUAGAUGCACCCGUCUUUAGCAGGUCUGUCCUCGAUAUCGUUGAGGACGGUGGGACAGCCGCUACGGAGAAGGGGGGAGGGAGAGAGGGAAGAGAAAGAGGAGGUGAGGAGUGUCGCACUGUAGCUCUGACUGUAUCAUCGACUCCUUCUUCUUCUUCUUCUUCUUCAUCAUCGUCAGCAUCAUCAUCGUCGUCAUCAUCGUUAUCAUCGUCAUCAUCAUUAUCAUCAUCUUCAUCGACGACAGGUGGCGUUGGUCACGGUUGUGGAGAAGAGGAAGACAUUUCUGUGAAGCGAGAGCAAAGGGCAAUGGUCAGGAGUGUGGGGUCGUUAUUGACUGCAUCGGUAGCAGACAGUGGUGUCGUAUCGAACAGCAGUCGCAGCUAUUCGCCCGGUAUAGAUGCAACAAGUCUGACGACUACUGUCACCGGUGGAAUAGCACCUCUGCAAGCUCUUUGUUCGGUCGGAGCCUUUUCGCGGUUGAGUUCUUCAAGUGUUGUAAAUAAUUCAAAUGGAAUCGAUCUCUCACACAACUUAUCAUCACUUUACCGGGGACGAACAGGUCCGCCAGGUGGUGCUACAGCAUCGUCCAGCCAGUUAAAAUUUGGAAUCAACAGAAUUUUAUCGGAGGAUUUUGGUAAACAUAGAUUAGAUAAAGAAAAUCUACGAGUGACUCCAAGUUCCAGGGCUUUCCACGUCUCCUUGUCCACCCAUCAUCCGCAUCACCACCAGCAUCAUCAUCAACAGAGUACAGAUACCCAUUCCUGCCAUUCAUUAUGUGCAUGUCAUACAUCUGCUAUGGCCGCAGCUGUGGCGGUUGGACCGCAGUAUUCCACGGCUGUUUAUUCCAGUUUGCACUACCCGGCCCAUGCACUCUCAGCAGUGCAUGCUAUCCAACCGCCUCAGUAUCCUAUUACAUCUUCCACUGACGGUUUACCAGGUCCAUACUCAAUAUUAAACACAGACCAGCACUCAGCAAAUCAACCAAAACGAAAGCGAUCAUGGUCCCGUGCAGUAUUUUCAAAUUUACAACGAAAAGGACUUGAAAAACGGUUUGAAGUUCAAAAGUAUGUAACGAAACCAGACAGACGACAGCUGGCAGCAAUGCUAGGUCUUACUGAUGCACAGUUUGGACGUUUAUAUGACAUCAUUAAAUCAGCGUUUUUCCUCUCCCGCCUACCCAAAAUGUUGAUAAAGGAUGUUAUUGUUAAUUUCUAG